AUGUAUAGUUUUGAAGGGCAAUAUAAAAGAAAACCUAUCCAAGCCCUGGGUGGAGCUAGUAAGAAGGAACAAAAAGAUGUACUGUUAGAGAAUGCACGAGCUGAGAGACAAAAGCGUGAGGAUAGCCGCAAACAGACACAAGCUGCUAUAAAGAUACAGUCAUAUAUCAGAGGCUCUUGGGCCAGAAAGAACAAGAGAGAAGCAUGUAGAUUACAAUAUGAUGGAAAUCUUGGCCAACUAUCAAGCAACAGAGCCACACAAGAACAAUUGGUUUUCCUUAUCAGAAACCUAGUUUACUGCUACAGAACUGAAUUAGACCAGCAAAGAUUGGUUAGUCUUUGCCAGAUAUGUUUGAAACAGAAAGACAUGGUGGCAUCUAUGGUUUGUGAAGGAAGGUUGCCUCAAUGGGGAUCCAUACUGGCCAUGUGUUGUGGCCACCUAGCAAAUAUUGCAAAUGAAGCCAGUCAGAACAUUACAGUUCCAUUGAGGGUUGUAGAGAUAUUUACAAGCAGUAAGACAUAUAUAGAGUCUGGCCUUGAUCGCUCUAGGGAAGUACAGUUUAUGACACAUCUCCAUGGAAACCUAGUUGAAAGAGGAUAUUUCAAGUGUAUGUAUGCACUAAUUAACGGUAGAGUACCUGACAGUAUAGAGAACUCCCCAACUCCCCCUACACCUAUGGCAGCUAGUGUAUAUGAACUCUUGGUGAAACCUCUAGCAGUUGUCAACUAUAAACAUGUUACAGAUAAUACAAAACAGACGAUUUUGGAGGCUUUAUGUAGAGAAGUGUUCUGUGUUGAGUACUCAAUACAAGCCAACAAUUUUAUCAUACCAGCCUUGGUAUAUGGGAAUUCCAAAUUCCCAUUUGCCGAUAUGUUGCAUGCAUUAUUACCCAACGAGAAGACCCAACAUGUCAAAGAUGACGAUUAUAAGAGAAUGAUAUUGACUGUGCCACAGACCCCUUGGUUACUUGGAGUUCUAUUGAAGUUAUCAGAAAAAUAUUUAGGCUCAGUGUCGCAACAAGAUCUCCUCUGUUACCUAGAAAUUUUACAAGCAUUGAUACCAUGUCUUCCGACCCCCAAAGAUCUAGGGACGUUACAACAAGAAGACUCUGAUUCUGAGGAUGAUGAUGCCAUGUGUAUUGAGGUUGACAGUAAGCUAACAGAGCUUAAAGAUGAUUGCAUUACAAAGAUAGACGCACCCUCCCACAUAGCAUGUAUCAUAUCCACAGUACAAGACAAUCCAGAUGAGGCGACCAUAACUGCAGUCUGCACACUUUGCCAUGCUCUCAUGUCAGAUCAAAAAAUUAGUGUGCAUAAAUCGGGAUUACUGAAUUCACUAGCUUACAAUAGUCAAUUGGUGCAAUACAUGUGGAAAUGCUGUACUGCUGUAUCUAGUCUCUCAAUUACAAAAAAACGGGUCCCUUUACUGCAGCAGCUAUCACGAGGGUUAGAAAUAUCACGGGAGAAUCUUGAUCAAAUCGUCUCACUUUUAGCCACCUUUUGUUCUCUAUUCAGUCACUCAAUUACUACCCUCCAUGAUUCUGAAUUCCACGGUGAUGAAGGAGGUUCACAUAUGCCAUUUAAAGUAUCAGAACUUGUACCUAUGAGUUUGGAAUUAAGAAAUGCCUGCCUUGGUAUAAUAGAACUGGCCCAUCCUGACACCAAACCAACACUUAGGGAGGAUUAUAGAAAAGCAUUCCAGAGUGUAGGAGUCAACCUGCUUGACACUCUGUCCAAAGAACAGCUAGAGUAUAAGAGAAAGACUUGGGCUCAUCUUUUCAAGGUAAUAAGCCAUCUAGUGAAGCAGUUACAUGCGAGGGACACUAGGAGACCUUUCUGUUCCUUUGGGCAUUGGUUGGCCCCUCAAGUGAACAUACAGGCUGACAAGCCAUCCCAGAUUUUCACAUCUCUAGAGCAGUUUGUGAGGAAACCAUUUGGUGCAAAAAGUAUUCUGAACACAGAUAGAUAUGCUGAAGAAGAGGAAGGUCCCCCACUCUCCACAAUGGAGGUGAAAAAUCUCACAAUUCUCACUGAGUUGCCAUUUGUGUUGCCAUUCCAGGAGCGAGUUAAGAUAUUCCACAAGCUGAUUCAGCGAGAAAAGACAGAACACCAAGACGACAGAGGAGGCUUUAUGUUGGGUCCCGCAAUUAGUGUCAUGAUUAGACGCAACUAUAUUUAUGAAGAUGCCUUUGAUAAACUUUCCCCUGAAAAUGAACCCAACAUGAAACUGCGAAUGCGGGUCCAGUUGGUGAAUGCAGCGGGUCUUGAUGAAGCUGGAAUAGAUGGCGGUGGCAUCUUCAGAGAAUUCCUCAGUGUACUCCUUAAAACUGGUUUUGAUCCAAAUCGAGGAUUCUUUAAGUCUACAAGUGAUAAACUGCUGUAUCCCAACUGUCAGGCCCAUCUAUUGGUGGAUAACUACACUAAACAUUUCUACUUUCUUGGUAGAAUGCUGGGAAAGGCUUUGUAUGAAAAUCUGAUGGUUGAGUUACCAUUUGCAAGUUUCUUUUUGUCAAAGAUCUUAAGUCGACAUGAUAAUAUAGACAUUGAUAAUCUGGCAUCACUCGACCCUGACCUCUACAAGAAUUUGCUGUUUGUCAGAAACUACGAUGGAGAUGUGAGUGAGCUAGGUUUAGAUUUCACUGUGGGUAAUGAUGCAUUGGGUGAGAUGGAAAUAGAAGAACUGAAGCCAGGUGGUCGUGACAUUGCAGUUACCAAGGAUAACAGGAUUGAGUACAUCCAUCUCAUGGCUCACUACAGACUGAACAAACAGAUUAGACCCCACUGCUAUGCAUUCAGACAGGGACUGGCUGAUGUUGUCAACCUGGAGUGGCUGAGAAUGUUUGACCAGCAUGAACUUCAAGUGCUGACAUCUGGUGCUCAAGUGCCUGUUGAUCUGGAAGAUCUCAAAAAUCAUACAAAUUAUUCAGGUGGAUACACAUCUGACCAUCCAGUUAUCAAAGCUUUCUGGCAGACAGUUGCAGAAUUCUCAGAUAAUCAGAAGCGUUACUUGCUAAAGUUUGUCACCAGUUGCUCUCGGCCGCCAUUGUUAGGAUUCAAGGAUCUAUUCCCUGUGUUCUGUAUCCACUGUGCCGGAAAUGAGGCAGACAGAUUACCAACCGCCAGUACAUGUAUGAACUUACUCAAGCUCCCUGAGUUCAAAGAUGCUCAGACAUUGAAGACCAAACUACUCUAUGCAAUAGAAUCACAUGCAGGAUUUGAACUAAGUUAA